GUAGAGACAUUGCAGAAAAUUUUAAUAUUAUUGUAAAUUCUCAUGAACUAAAAACUCUAAAUAUAUCUCCCAGUAAUUUUAUGGAUACAGUAGAAAAGAUAUGGAGAGACAUUAGUCCUUUAUAUUUCGAAUUACAUCGGUAUGUUGGAAGAAAACUAGAAAAUGAAUACCCAAGUACGUUCAAUUUCUCCCAAGGCUUAAUCCCCGCAAAUCUAUUAGAUGCACCGUCGUUGGAUUCGUGGACGAAUUUGUUAGAAAUUGCCACACCUUACCCCGAAAUCAAAAAUUCGACUGGGACUUCCACAGAAAUAUUACCGAAUGAAGUUUUUGAACUUGUUAAUGAUUAUAUGGUGUCGAUGGGUCUCUACAAUAUAACGCAUCACUUUGGCUUAUCACUAAACGAAAAUCAGACCAACUACGAUUGCGAAGUAAUUCCCAACAGGCUUCUACAUUCAACUUGUAAUUAUUUGCAGUAAGUCCUAA